AUGGGAAUUUGCACAUCCAAACCGAAACCCAUCCAAGAACGUAAUCCUCGUUCAUCAGUUGGUGAAAUCAAGGGACAGGCCCAGAAUAAAGAGAAGCCAAUCGCGCCGGAGAAUAACAGCAAUGGCGAAAAUGGCGUGAACGUCGUGGAGAAGAAGAAGAAGAGCGAGGAAAACUCGGAAGCGGGUAGAAAAUCCCCGUUUUUGCCGUUCUUCUACAGCCCCAGCCCAGCCCAUUACCUUUUCUCGAAGAAAUCUCCGGCGAGAUCUCCUGCGCAGGGUACCGGGACCCCGAGGAGGUUCUUCAAGCGGCCGUUUCCGCCGCCGUCUCCGGCGAAGCACAUCAAGGCGGUGCUCGCGCGGCGGCACGGGUCCGUGAAGCCGAACGAGGCGGCCAUACCGGAAGGGAACGAGGUUUCUGAAUCGGCUGGCCUGGACAAGAGCUUUGGGUUCUCCAAGAAGUUUUACGACAAGUACGAGCUCGGGGAAGAGGUUGGUAGGGGGCAUUUUGGGUAUACUUGUCGGGCCAAGUUCAAGAAAGGGGAGCUCAAAGGGCAAGAAAUUGCUGUUAAGGUCAUUCCAAAAGCAAAGAUGACCACUGCUAUUGCUAUUGAAGAUGUUAGAAAGGAGGUGAAAAUAUUACGAGCUUUGACAGGUCACAGCAAUUUAAUACAGUUUUAUGAUGCUUUUGAAGACCAUGACAACGUCUACAUUGUGAUGGAGUUAUGUGAAGGAGGUGAGCUUUUGGACCGAAUACUUUCAAGGGGUGGUAAAUAUGCGGAAGAGGAUGCAAAGGCAGUGAUGAUACAAAUACUUAAUGUUGUCUCAUUCUGCCAUCUUCAAGGAGUGGUGCAUCGUGAUCUUAAACCCGAGAAUUUCCUAUUUACAUCCAAGGAAGAAAACUCGCUACUGAAGGCCAUAGACUUUGGUUUGUCCGAUUUUGUGAAACCAGAUGAGAGGCUUAACGACAUUGUAGGCAGUGCAUAUUACGUGGCACCCGAAGUUUUACACAGGGCAUACAGUACAGAGGCCGAUGUUUGGAGUAUAGGUGUGAUAGCUUAUAUUCUUCUGUGUGGCAGCCGCCCGUUUUGGGCUCGAACGGAAUCUGGGAUUUUUCGGGCCGUUGUGAAAGCUGAGCCUACUUACGAGGAACAACCCUGGCCCACACUUUCAUUGGAGGCUAAGGACUUCGUAAAGCGCCUCCUGAACAAGGACCCGAGGAAAAGGAUGACUGCACCUCAAGCCUUAUGUCAUCCAUGGAUAAAAAAUAUUAAUGGCGUAAAAGUGCCGUUGGACAUAUUAAUAUUUAAACUUAUGAAAGCUUACAUGCGUUCAUCUCCCCUAAGGAAAGCUGCUUUACGGGCUUUAUCUAAAACUCUGACUGUAGACGAACUCUUCUAUCUAAGAGAGCAAUUUGCACAUUUGGAGCCAAGCAAAAACGGAACAAUUAGCUUGGACAACAUUAAAGCGGCCUUGAAGAAGAACGCUACUGAUGCCAUGAACGAGUCGCGAAUUUAUGAUUAUCUUUCUUCGCUUAGUGCCCUUCAGUAUAGACGAAUGGAUUUCGAAGAAUUUUGUGCUGCAGCAACAAGUGUAUACCAGUUAGAAGCUCUCGAUAGAUGGGAGCAACACGCUCGUUGUGCCUAUGAACUUUUUGAUAAGGAAGGGAACCGAACUAUCAUGAUCGAGGAAUUAGCUUCGGAGCUUGGGCUUAGCCCAAGUGUUCCGGUUCAUGCAGUUCUCCAUGACUGGAUUAGGCACACAGAUGGAAAGCUUAGUUUUCUUGGAUAUGUUAAGUUAUUGCACGGUGUUUCGAGCCGAUCGCUUGCCAAAGUACACUGA